AUGUCGUGGAAGAGGUCGGAGCGCUUGAUGGAAAAGAUCCGUCACUAUGCCAGCUUUCCGGCGACCGGCGUCAGUCUGCGCCAGAUGGUCCAGUUCGGCGAGCGCCCGUCGACUGGUAGGGUUCCUACUUCAUCUUCAUCAUCAUCAUCAUCAUCAUCUCUAUUCAAUAUCUUCCGCACACAGUCUCGGCAUGCUGACGCUGCCACCUGCCCAGGCACCCUCUUUCGCGCCUCCAUGUUCCUGGCCGAGGAGCUGCCCAUCCGUCUGGCUCAUCGCGUCCAAGAGCUCGAGGCCUUGCCGGAUGGCUUGAGCGAGAUGCCAUCCGUUAAGAAGGUCGCCGAUUGGUAUGCACAGUCUUUUGAGGAACUCACCUCCAUGCCGCGUCCAGAACUCUCGCGCGAAGUCCGCGAGCGCCUGAUGCGCCCAGCCAAAGUCUCCGGCAAGAACACGUGGCUGGAUGAGCCGACGCCGAACCCGAGUAUCGAGGAGGGCCAGUACGUGUGGAACGGCAACGGCAAGAUGCGGCCGCUGACCACCCGCCGUUACUACGCCAUGGUCGAUGACAACGGCGACUGGCCGCCUGAGCUGCAGAUUUACAACCAAAAGUUUGCCCAGACCCUGCACCGCAUCAAGCGCCGCCACGACGGCGUCGUCACCACCAUGGCCCAGGGCAUCCUCGAGUGGAAGCGCAAGCGGCAAAGGCAUCUGAUCGACAAUAACAUCCAGGCGUUUUUGGACCGUUUCUAUAUGUCGCGUAUUGGCAUCCGUAUGCUCAUCGGCCAGCAUAUCGCCCUGACAGACCAGUCACACUACCGCGACCCCAGCUACGUCGGUAUCAUCUGCACCAAGACCUACGUUAAAGACUUGGCUCAAGAGGCGAUCGAGAAUGCGCGGUUUGUCUGCGAAGACCACUACGGCCUCUUCGAAGCCCCCAAGAUCCAGCUAAUCUGUGACCCCAACCUGCACUUCAUGUAUGUGCCUGGCCACCUGUCGCACAUGCUGUUCGAGACCCUCAAGAACUCUUUGCGCGCGGUCGUCGAGACGCAUGGGCAAGAUAAGCAGGAGUUCCCUGUGACAAAGGUGAUUGUCGCCGAGGGCAAGGAGGAUAUCACGAUCAAGAUCUCGGAUGAGGGUGGCGGCAUUCCGAGGUCUGCGAUCCCCCUUGUCUGGACGUACAUGUACACCACCGUCAACCGGCCGCCGAGCCUGGAUCCGGACUUUAACAAGAGCGAUUUCAAGGCGCCGAUGGCUGGGUUUGGGUAUGGUUUGCCGAUUUCGAGGCUGUAUGCGAGGUACUUUGGAGGGGAUUUGAAGUUGAUUAGCAUGGAGGGCUACGGCACAGAUGUCUACCUCCACCUCAACCGCCUCUCCUCCUCCUCUGAACCUUUGCAAUAG